AUGUGUCUUCCCUCCACCAACGCCGCCUCCACAAGUGCUGAUGCUAGUGGCGAUGCCCGUUACGAACUGACUGAAUCUGAACGGGAAGCUGUCAUUGCUCUGAAGGCGGCAUGCGAUCAGGCAGGGAUUGCCUACAACAACCUCUUUGAGUUGGCCAAGUAUGUCCUCGUCGUUCACUCUUCCUUUCUUGAUUCGGACGAAAAAGCUCCUCAAAAGCGCCUCGAGAAGGCAGUCUCACUGAUGAAAAAGCGCAAUGCUUGGGCCAAGAAGCACCAGUUGGAACACAUUGAUCCAAUGGAAGCCCUUGAAGAACUCUACCAGCUUCACCCCGACUUCUUUGUCACAAACUUUUCUCACGAUCACGAAGGCCGCGUUGUCGUGGCGCAUCAUCACGCCCAUGCCCCGUCUGAUUUUGUGUAUCAGUCCAAAAAGAACGGGGCCAAGUACCUCGCAGCCGAACAAUUCCGGAUGAAUUUGGGAGCCGUUGACAUGGAAGAAGCCCGCCGCGGAAUGUGUAUGGUCAGCAUCACAGACAACCAGUUGACAACCAAACGUUCCUUUCGCUACCUUCGGCUUGUUACUCACGCCCAGGAAAACUUGAAAAGCAUGCAUCCAAACCGAGUCCGAUCAAUCUACUCACAGGUACCGGCUUUCGUCAUGUAUCUUGUCCCGACCGUCAAGCUCCUCUUGCCCAAGAAGAUCGCUUCUCGAGUCAACAUUGUGGGUAAUAUGGAAGAGCUCGGGGAGCUCCUGCAUUCAGCCAAGAAUCCUGACACGACAGUGCUGGAAUGGGCCGAGGAACGUCACGCCAAGUACCUCGAAACGGUGAAGAAGCUUAUCGUUUAG